AUGGUUCUGCUUGAAAAGCUUUGGGAUGACAUUGUUGCUGGACCUCAGCCUGAACGCGGGCUUGGGAAGCUUAGGAAGGUCACCCCAAAACCCUUGAACAUCAAAGAUGUGGAGGGAGAGACAAGCAGCAGCAGCAAGUUGGCGAUGCCUAUGAGCCCAGGAACACCAGUAACCCCAGGAACACCAGUAACACCAGCUUCAGCUCGUGCUAAGGACAACGUUUGGAGGAGUGUUUUCCACCCAGGCAGCAACCUUGCCACCAGAACCAUGGGCAACCAGGUCUUUGACAAGCCACAGCCCAACUCUCCCACUGUCUAUGAUUGGCUCUACAGUGGGGAGACCAGGAGCAAGCAUCGCUAA